UAUGUUUACACCUGGUAGUCAGCUGGCCGGGGUCGAGGACGGACCGUCUCCAAUUACGCUCGGUUGUGAGAGCGGAAAUGUGUACUUACAGCUGCACAAAUUAAAUAAAAAAUAGAAUAAUACAUAUAGCCAAUUGGGGUCUAGAAAUUCGUAAUGUGAUAUAAUUUAUUUGAGUUGAAAAAGCCAGGAAGUCUGCACUAAGGGAGCCUCAGUCCCACACCUCAGGGAGACACACAGUUCCGCUUGCUGAGUGAGGAGGGUGGCGCAGGUGAGGAACUAUUUUUACAGAGCCUUGUUUGUGACACUGCCAGUUUGUCAUCACUGACUGUUUAGUGAUGGAGGCACCUGUAGACUCCUCUGAUAGUGAAGAUCAGAGUGAUGACUCCAUACUUUUACCAGAGGACUUUGAGGAUGAGGUGGAUAUCAACAUUCACUUUCACUGUGAACACUGUAUCAAGAUGGCCAAGUGCUUGGAGCGCCCCAAGCAGGGAUGGUCAUGUGAAAUUGAUUACUGCCCCAAUGGCUGUGGUCACAAGUUCCACAUGUGUAAAACAAGUGAGCACCGUCUCAUGUGCAGCCAUGAACGGGUGCCAUGCAUCAAUGCAGGGUAUGGAUGUCCCUUAUGGAUGCAGCGGAGGUUUAUUGCAGAGCAUUUACCCUUCUGUCCUGCCUCAGUGGUGAUAUGCAAUGCUGAAUGGAACCGAUGGGCUUUAGGAGCUAAGGAAAGGGAGAGAGUUGCCAUGACCAAAGGAAUAACUGCUCUCUACAACCCUAUGGAUUUAGAUAUGGCUUUAGCUCUGCAGGAUCAAGAACUUGUUAAUGAAAUGCAAAAAAUGCCAAAGAGAGUACGGACAACAUUAUGCAAUGGCAUCACAAGGCGCUUCCCUUGCUUACCUCUAACCAUACGAGGAUCCCGUCACCACAUAUCCAAUGAGAACUAUCAAGGCAAUAAGUUGACCCAUUCAGCAACAGAGGAGGAGGAGGAUGACCUAACACCAGGUUUAUCAGUGUCUGUGUGUACUGAGCUUUUACGAGGCAAGAAAUCUGUGUUGUCUUGUCCAAGCAGUGAGUUGAGAGGUGCUACUUUACCCUCUCCUUCCUUCACUUCCCCACACUCCAUGGAGGAACUCAGCCACACCACACACAACCAGGGUGACAUCAAGAGGAAACACAGCCAAUCUAAUAUGUGUAAGGAUGACAUUGCUGCUAUGUGCUGCCCUCACGAGAUCAUCAAGAACAUCUGCAUUUUUUGCCGUAAUGACCCUGAUGAGCCUGACUACAAGAUGGGCAAGGUGUGGCGGGAGCAGCUGACCCUUAAAAAGCCCGGAGAGUUCAGAUGGGUUGUUGAGCCAUGUGUAGAGAAGAUAAGAAAACGCAACCAGUUUGGGAUGUAUGCCUACAAAAGAUAUGACGAGUCUGAUGAAGACGAUGACGAUAACAACUCACUUGACAAAAUGAAUCUGAUUUUUGAUGAGCUGGGCCACCCCAUGGGGAAGAGACCCAGGUUUCAGACUCCUCCACCAGCUCCCAUUACUCCCAAGGGCCUGACAAUGGAACUCACUUUGAAACACUACUCCAGGCACCAGACCAAGCCCAAAGCCAUGUUCACCUUCCAGUGCAUGCAGGAAGUGCGCCGCUCAGAAUACAGCAGUCAUUACCAGAACAUGCACAGUGAGAUACAGGAAGGUCUGGAUGGCUGGCUUAUUCAUCGCUGCCCCCUACAUGUUGUUGGUUGUCCCUUUAUCAACGAUCGCCUUCAUCCUGGAAGAAAGGAUGGUGAUGUGGUAUACUCUCACAGUCUCAAGGCUUUUGGUGUCCGUCCUAAGCUUGAUUAUGAACCUGCAUCUUGUGGUGGGUUACCAAGAUCUCGUUCCCCAAGUGUAGAGAAAACCACCAGUGCAUUGGGCCAGAUGCGCCUCACUCCUGUUCAGAAGUCAAGAAAGACAGGAUCAGCCUCAGCAAAGCACAAAAAUCUGAACUCUGAAACUGCAACAGAACAGUAUCUUGCAUCCAGCAUUCAUUUAACAUACCUGCCAGUUGAGGUGCUCCAGAAGAUAGCUGUUUACCUUGAUGGAUAUAGCCUCAACAACCUAUCACAAAGCUGCCGGUUGAUGCGUGAUAUCUGCCUUUCAUUACUGAAUGAGCGUGGGCUGGUCAUCAUUGAGUGGGUGCGCUAUGUGGAGGACAGCAAAGUCAGAUGGAAAGAAGGCAAGAAGCGGCGCUUCUUUAGUAAAGCUUUUGAGCAUGUACAGCAUUGGGGCUUCAAGGAUGUAACCCACAUGGCAAAUCAUUUAGAAGUCUGUGAUUUUAACAAAAGACACAUUGCAGAGGAGAAAUUUGCAUACAUCCUGCCCAGAAAAGAUGGUACAAUUCCAGGCAUUCAGCGGACCAAUCGAACUUGACCACUGGUGAAUAUCCUAAGGCACAGGCGGCUAGUUGGUGCUGGAGGUUGGUAUUAGGCACGGGUGGGAAGGGUUAGAACUUGUAUAUUUCUAACAUUGGAAACCAAAUAACAGAUAUAGUGAUGCACUGCUUUUGCAGAGUACUGUUUUCUACUUACUAAAUAAGCCUAAUGACAAUGAGGUGAGGUUAAGUAUUAGAAAGAACAGUGGUUGAGCCUUGCAUGGAGGACUGGGUGAUGGAUAUUGGUAGAGGAUUUAUCGGAAGCUUUUUAGUCUGUGAUGAUUGUUUAUAAUCUCAUAUCAACACUGUAAAUGUUACUGUGAUGCAUCAUUGUGUGCAUUUUACUUUAUUUUUAAUAGAAUCAGUGUAUGUUUUAUUGAUCAUUACUCUCAUGAUCUUGCCUUAUUGUGAAGCUUAUAAAUUUUUCUUUUUACUCAUAAUGUAAUCAUUGUCCACAUUUUAUGAUCAAGCUCUCUACAUAUUAUGUUUCAUACUAUUUUGUUAUAUUUUCAUGUUUAUGCAUCACUGAUUGUUUUUUAAACUUCAUACUUUGUGUGAUAUGAUUUCAAAUUUAGAAAACAAUUGUUGUUAGAUUAUGGCAACAUGUUUAGGGUACUAGUGAAGUUUGGCGAGACAGUUUUGAUGGUACAGUAGUUAAAAGGAAACAUGAAGCUUUAAGUAUAUAUAUAUAUAUAUAUAUAUAUAUAUAUAUAUAUAUAUAUAUAUAUAUAUAUAUAUAUAUAUAUAUAUAUAUAUAUAUAUAUAUAUAUAUAUAUUAGAUUGAUGAGACAGUUUGGUAGUAUAGUCACCUGUAUGGAGUGUUGUCACAUUGUCCAGUGAGUUUUGGUCAAAAUUCUGUAUUAUGACAACCUCUCCAUCUUGACUCAUUUCUCAUAUGCUGUUAUUGAUAUAAUUGUCAUUAAAGAUCAACUUGUUUUAUUUAUAAGACAGAAAAUUGUCACUUUGCAUAUCAAUAAUGCUUCAUAAAUCUAAUUUGUCAAAACUUUUUGACAUAGAAUUUAUUCUUUUAUUCAGUUUUACUCAAGAACAGUGCUAAGUAAACAUUGAAAUAGAAUUUAUUCUUUUAUUCAGUUUUGGUCAAGAACAAUGCUAAGUAAACAUUGAAAUAAAUUACCACAACCACCAGUGAAUGCCAGAGGUUGGCAACCACCAGGCAAAACCUUCUGAAAACUGUAACAACGCUCCAUAUAGCUGAUUGUGCUGUAGUUAAAAGAAAAAUAACACAUGAAGCUUUAAGCAUAUGCCUUGCUAAAUAUCAAAAUAAUGUGUCUGUAUUAGCAGAAAGAGGUGCAACAUGAACAAAGAAUGUAAGAGUAUGACAGCUUUUCAAUACAAAUUUAUUGCUAAU